GGACACGGCGGUGUCAUGGGCAUGGGCAUGGGCGGGUCUGGACUUGGCUCUGGACUUGGCAAAGAUGCACACGUGAAAACGAAGGACAUUGAUGCCGUCGAGGGUAAAUCAGUGUCGCUACCCUGCCCCAUUGCCGAGCCCCUGCAUGAUGUUUAUAUGGUCUUAUGGUUUCGUGAUAAUGCGGGAAUACCUUUAUAUAGCUUUGAUGUGCGCGAUAAUAUGGCCAUUGAGCAGCCCCGACAUUGGUCAGCUCCGGAGGUUUUUGGCUCACGUGCCAAAUUUCAUUUUGACUCCCAGCCAGCAACUUUGGAAAUUAAGGAUAUCAAACGUCAUGAUCAAGGCAUUUACCGUUGUCGUGUGGAUUUUCGCACAGCUCAAACGCAAAGCUUCCGUUUCAAUUUGUCGGUAAUAAUACUUCCGGAGCAGCCCCUCAUACUGGAUCGUUGGGGUCGUCAACUAAAUGGCACACAAUUGGGUCCCAAGCAGGAGGGCGACGAUAUUGUUAUCACUUGUCGUGUAGUGGGCGGUCGACCACAACCACAGGUCCGCUGGCUCGUAAAUGGACUACUUGUCGACAAUCAAAACGAGCACAAUUCCGGCGAUGUUAUCGAGAAUCGACUGUUGUGGCCAUCGGUGCAGCGAAACGAUUUGAAUUCCGUAUUCACAUGUCAGGCAUUGAAUACGCAAUUAGAUAAGCCCAAGGAGAAGAGCUUCAUACUCGAUAUGCACCUAAAACCAUUAACCGUAAAAAUUCUGGAACCACCCAGUUCAAUGAUUGCCGAUCGACGCUAUGAAGUCACGUGCGAAUCGUCGGGUUCCCGUCCCAAUGCCAUCAUCACGUGGUAUAAGGGAAAACGUCAACUGCGACGCACAAAAGACGACAUAUCAAAGAACUCGACACGCUCAGAACUGAGCUUUGUGCCUACCACAGACGACGAUGGCAAAUCGAUAACAUGCCGUGCGGAAAAUCCAAAUGUGAACGGCCUCUAUUUGGAGACCAUGUGGAAAUUGAAUGUCGUUUAUCCCCCAUUGGUUACGCUGCGCCUGGGCUCCACACUGUCACCGGAUGAUAUCAAGGAAGGCGACGAUGUUUACUUCGAGUGUCACGUACAAUCGAAUCCUCAAUGGCGGAAGCUGCUGUGGUUACAUAAUGGCAUCCACUUGGAGCACAACACGUCGGCUCGUGUCAUCCGGUCGAAUCAGAGUCUGGUGCUGCAGAAGAUAACCAAACACUAUGCCGGAAAUUAUGCGUGUAGCGCCAUCAAUGAUGAGGGGGAAACGGUCAGCAAUCAAUUGCCGCUGCGGGUUAAAUACACGCCUGUUUGCAAGCACACGGAUCGAGUUAUACUAAUUGGUGCCUCCAAGGAUGAGACUGUUGAGGUCAUAUGUGAAAUACAAGCGGAUCCACCGCCACGAACAUUCCGCUGGAAAUUCAACAAUUCGGGUGAAACUCUGGACGUGGGCAGCGAACGAUUCAGCGUGAAUGGAAGCCGCAGCAUUUUAAAGUACACUCCGGUCACAGAUCAGGAUUACGGCACACUAUCCUGCUGGGCGGCCAACGAGGUGGGCACCCAACAGCAGCCCUGUCUCUUUCAAGUGGUUUUAGCAGCUUUGCCCAAUUGUGUCAGCAAUUGCAGCAUCUUCAAUCGGACUGAACUGAAUGUUGACAUACAAUGCAUACCCGGCUAUGAUGGCGGCCUGCCCCAAAUAUUUGUACUCGAAAUGUAUUCAACACGCACCGGCAUUACCAGAUUUAAUUUAAGCAAUGCAGAGGAGGCGCUCUUUUCACUAGAGAAUCUGGAUACGCUCACCUCGAUGAUGAUGCAGGAAAAUAACUCGCUGAGGCUGCGCAUUUACUCCUACAAUCAAAAGGGACGCAGUGCGGCAUAUCUGUUGCCCGAUUUCAUAAUUGGCUCAACAGCUUACAAGACAGAUGACGAUGUAACACUGGCCCUGUCGCCGGUGAUUGUUGGCAGCGUUCUGACCAUCAUAAUCAUUGGGUUGGCCAUCGCGAUACGAAUAUUUGUGGUAACAUUCGUGCACAAUUUGCGACGCAAUCGGCAGCAUGGCAACAAGGCAACAGCUGCUGGUGUCGUCGUCCAAGCGGGUGAUGUCUUUAAGAGUGGCAACCUGGAGAAACCGCGCUGGCAGCAUACGGAUAUAAAAACGAAAUCAUCGGAGGAUUUGGUUGAGGAUGAACGUGAUCCAGAUGUUAUACCCUCACAAUAUGUUGGCGGCAGCAGCGCCGGCAGCAGUGGCAGCAAUGCCUCCAAUGUGGGCAGCACCACUGCCGGCACAGCCACCGGCAGCAGCACAUCGACAGCGGUUGCCACAGCUGUGCCCCCAACGGACCGCGAUGCUCAUCCGUUUUCCACUGUUGCAACAGCAACAGCAGCGACGCCAUCCGGCGUUGGACUCGUUGGCAGUAUUUCCAAAUGGUCACCCAAUGGCAGUGCACCGGCCAUGACGACGACAACGGCGCUGUCGUCCGGCGAUCCCUCGACCCCGCCGAUCACCUACAAUCAGAUCAAUUCGCAGCGGGCGCAGCUGCUGGCCGCUGUUGCCGCCGUUGGUGGCGGGUGCAGCAGCACCGUUAUUUCGCCCAGUAGCAGCAUAAUGGGCAGCCUGGGUGUGGGUGGUGCUGGUAAGCCGCUGACACUGGGUAUGGGCGGCACCAUCAUUGGCUCGCCCACAUCGCUCUCGUCGACAGCGACGCUGGCGGCGCAUCUGCAGCCGGCGCACAGCAGCGGCGUUGGCACAUUGCCGCCCGGACUGGGCAGCGGCGGUGGCUAUAUAAUGAAUGCCUAUGGCAGUGGCAGUGGCAGGCUGCAUCAUCCGACGGGUCAUACGGCCACCCUGAAUCGUCAUCAUCAUCAUCAGCAACAGCAACAGCACCAUCAUCAUCACCCGCAGCAGCAGCAGCAGGCGCACCAUCAUCAUCAGCCCGGCUCGGGCUCAAGUCUGUUGCUGGGCAGCGUGGGCAGCGUUAUGGGCGUGGGCGUUACCUCGACAACAACCACGUCCUGCAACUCGUCGCAGGACUUGGAUGACAACAUCAACAUAAAUGCAAUUAAGGAUUGCCUAAUGACGCAACGCGUGCCCGAAAGCUGUGUCUAAGUUCUCAAAAACAAUGUCUAGACUUGGUAACUAAUAUAGCUGUGGACUAAAAUCCAUACCUACAUAUAUAUAUGUAGCUAGACCUAGACUAGACUAGAUCGUCAGCUAAACCUUGCGUGUAUGUAUGUAGUUGAAUGUACAUAUAUACAUAUAUCAAUAUAUACAUAUGACAAAGUUGAAUUCCCGUUAAGGUGCUGUGCAUAACUAAAUUCGAUUCAUGAUGACAACUUGCAAAUCUUCUGCAUGUAGAUUUCCAGACAUAUCCAUUUCAAUAUCAAGUGAGAAAUCAUAUUCUACAAAUAUAUUACAUCACAGAGCUUUCACAUACCAGCUGAAACAUAUCUUUUUCAAAUCAUCAAUACUCAACGAUAAGCUAUCGAUAACUUCUGAAAGGUAAAAAAAACAGUAGUUCAUUAAAAAUAACACUAAACGAUAUUUAUCGGUAGCAGAAAUAUAAUCGAAGAGUGUUUUUUUAGUAUAAAUGCGUGGAUUCCUUGUACAACGGGCAACAUAUCACAAAGCAUUCAGAAAAGUAUGUCGAUUAGAAUUCAGAAGCCAUCAGCAUGGUGAUAAAUAGUUCAUCCAUAAACUAUCGAUAAUGUUUGAGGGACAGAUAAUUUUUAUUUUUGUUCCAUUUAAUAACGGAAUGCUGUUUAUAUGGCAUCACAGUUCAAAUAUAUUGUGUAGACAUAGACAAAACACAACAAGCGAUUUAGAAGAUAGCGAAAAGUUGUCGAUAACAUUUGGGGAUCUUCUUGUCCAAUAAUGCAGCUAAAACUGUAGGUAAAAUAUUGUCGCUUAUCCCAAUUCCUGAAUAAACCAAGAAAUUGAACAAAUUUAAGUAUUUCCAAAAUGAAAAGCAAAGUAACGUCUCUUUAGAAAAUCCUUCAAACUUUCAUAUGUUUAAAGCAUAAGAAUACCAAUAUAUACAAAUUAAUACAACAACAAAAAUACAAGAAAAAAGACAGUAUAAUAAUUAAGAUUAAGGCAACUUCAAAAAGACUCUGAAUUUUAGUAGCAAAAUAUAAUUUGUAGCAAAAAUGUUCCCAAAACAAAUACAAAUAAAUUAUAAAAGAGAUUGUAGAUAUAUAAGUGAACAUGGUCGAGUUGUAAAUAAAUAACUAUAUAUGCAUAGAUAUAAAAGUUGU